AUGGCUGACGGAUUCAACUUACAAGACCAAUUACAGGCGCUGCAAGACCUGGAGACGUAUGUUCUGCCAAACGAACGUGAUAUUCGCUCGAUGGACGCUGGCGAAGUGACUGGGUUGGUUGAAGGCGCCGUCGAGGCCAUAGCGGACUCUUCAGACGUUAUUUGUAAUGGAGAAGUUUUUGACGUAUACUGCAGUCUCUUGAAGUAUGCGGACGCCUUGCAAGGACCGAUGAUGAGCAAGCUGCUCGACUCCAUCUCUUCCGGUCUUGCCGCUCAAGUCGAUUCAACGCUGCACGACGUCGAUCACGAGGAUCAACACACAUAUAUGGCUCACAAGCCACCACUCGAGAUGUUCGCGUUCUUGCUGCAAUGGUUCGUGACGGCCGCGGAGAAAGUGAAGGCAACGGAGGGCGAGGAAGAUGCACCGGCGCCGGUGCCAACGAGAGCUCGUAGAGGAAGAGGUGGGAAGGCGGGGACAUCGCGUGCUAUGGCCAAACAGAAGACUGCCGCCUGGACAUGGGUGGAUCAAAUACCGCAUACUCUUGGGCUACUUAGCAAAGUCUUACGGCUGAAGACGCAACGAAUAUGGACAACGACGGCUGAGAGGGACACUUUCAUCGGUUGCAUUACACGGCCUGCAUACCAUAUCGCGGAGAGCGAAUCCUACAUGAAGGACCAGACUAUCAGGCUAGGCGUCUACAAGGUCAUUUGUUUGGCUGUCAAGCAUCAUGGGCAUGGCCUCGGCGCACAGAUCAGCAUCAUGCAAUGUCUACAAUACUACGAACACCUGUCCGAACCGAUGGCUGAGUGCCUCACGGUCUUGGCCAAGGAGUUCGACCACGCCCAGUUAGGCGAUGAGAUAUUGCGCGAAAUUGCGGCCAAGAACUUCAGUGGCCAAGACACGAAAGGCCCAAGAGCGUUUUCGCGGUUCUUGAUUCGCUUUGCCGAGUUAGCUCCAAGGGCUGUACUGAAGCAAAUCAGCUUACUACUCGCACAUUUAGACUCGGAGUCAUAUCCUAUGCGCAUGGCAAUGGUGGAGAUUAUAGGCUGCCUAAUACGGGAACUGACCGCUUCCGAAGAUCUCUCUACGGACGCUAACCAGGCUCAGAAACAGAUUCACGGACUGUACGAUCUGCUCCUCGACAGAACGCUUGAUCUGUCCUCCUACGUGCGAACCAAGGUCUUCGCAGUACUAGCUAAGCUCUGUGAUCUCCCCGUCAAAUUUCCGAAGCAGCGUCUGGCAAUCACUCGUGCAGCUGUGGGUGCCCUGGAAGACAAGGCCUCGGGUGUCAGGAAGAACGCCAUCGCUCUCCUGGUUAAACUGAUAUUGACCCAUCCCUAUGGGCUCAUGCAUGGGGGACUGCUAGGCUUGGAGGAGUGGGAAGGAAGGUACAAGGCCGUUUGUGAGGAGCUGCAGAAAGUCGAAGGCAAGAUGGGGAACGUGGUAGAGAGAGAAGGUACCGAGGACACCGAAGAGGGCCAGAAGGCUGAGGAAGAUGAGGAAGGUGACAAGAACGAAGAAAAAGAUGGCGGGACUCGGAAGAAGAGGAGAAAGUCCGGCGGUCACACUGAGGACUCCAUGGAUGUAGACGAGGAGGAAGAGGAAGACGAGGAGAGCGAAGAAGAUGCCAGCAUGGCGGAAGGGGAGGCCGAGGACGGCGUCGACGACUCAGAUACAAAGAAGAGCAAACCCAAGAAGAAAGAGCCUCGCAAAUCGGAGCUGGACAUGACCGCUCUGACGAACGAACAAGCUGCUCUGGCCGCACUGGAGAGCAGUCAACUACUUCAUCUACGCUUGAGGAAGAAAUACUAUGCCGAAGCCUUGAACUUUAUUCGGCAUCUAGAAAGCGCGAUGGAGAUCCUCGGAAAGCUGCUCGGCUCGACCAACAAACUUGAGGUAUUGGAAGUCAUCGAAUUUUUCCGAGUGGCGCACGAGUACCAAUUAGACGGCGCCGAGGAGGGCAUCAAGAAGAUGUUGCACCUCAUCUGGUCCAAAGACAAUAGUUCGACGUCCGAGGAUGGUAAGGAACUGAAAGGCGUGCGUUCGCGGCUGUUGGAAUGCUACAAGAGCCUUUACUUCGAUCCCCUGCCCGACAUGGAGCCGAAGCAACAAGUCAAUCGUAUCGCGAAGAACAUGAUUGAGCUCACGUACGGUGCUACCCUGGCAGAGCUAACCAGCCUUGAAGAGAUGAUGCGGACUAUGAUGGAUGACGACCAGAUUCAUACGGACGUCAUAGCCAAAUUAUGGCAGGUCUACAGUUCCGAUCGACCUCUGCCCAAGCAGCAAAGGAGGGGAGCCAUCAUCAUCCUGGGAAUGCUGGCACUAGCCAGAAGAAGCGUGGUCACCGACCACGUUGAUACGAUGCUCAGAGUAGGCCUGGGGAACCUGGGAAAGGCAGAUUUAACACUGGCAAGAUACACUUGCGUCGCGCUUCAGAGGCUUAACGGCAGCGCAAAGAAGAUCAAAGGCUCCCUUCUGGACAAGACGCUAAGGAUGCCCAUGGAUCAUCCGGUCUUUCGCAGGCUGCAGGAGACUGUUGAAUAUCCAUGCCGAUCGAAGGACUGGUUUGGCCUCGCAGAGCAGGCGAUUAAUACGAUCUAUGCUCUGGGCGAGCACCCCGACGUCCUUUGCAAUGAUCUUGUCAAGAACUUGACGCGUAGAGCAUUUGGCGCUCCAAAGAAAAGCACGGCCCCCGGUCAAGCGGAUCCAGACGCUAUGGAACAAGACCGGCCAAAUGACAAUGCCGGUGAUGAGGCUAGUGAAGAGGCCAAAGACGUGGGAGAGGCGUUCGUCUUGAGCCAACUUCUAUUUGUCGUCGGGCACGUCGCGAUCAAACAUAUUGUCUACCUUGAGCUCGUCGAGAGGGAGUGGAAGAGACAGAAAGACGAGAAGCACGCAGCGGAGAAACUCGCCGCUGGCCUUAGCAGUCCCGCACGGUCUUCGAAGGGCGGCGAGGAGCUCGACCAGGUAGCAGGGAACGCGGAGGACGAGAUAGGUGACAGGAUAGCGGCUGUCAGGGAGACUGAGCUACUAUAUGGGCCCAAGUCACUAUUGGCUGUCUAUGGCCCCAUGAUUGUGCACAUCUGUGGUAGUCCUCAUAAGUUCAAGAAUCAAACUUUGCGGGCUGCUGCGACGUUGGCUUUCAGCAAGUUCUUGUGUGUCAGCUCACAAUUCUGUGACCAACACCAUCGGUUACUGUUCAAGAUACUCGAAACAUCCAAAGACCCGAACAUUCGUAGCAAUACUGUCAUUGCUCUGGGAGACGUUGCCGUAUGCUUUAGCACGGUCAUCGACGAGAACACCAAUGAGCUGUACAAAGGACUGUCCGACGGAGACCUGGUUGUGAAGAAGAAUACUUUGAUGGUCUUGACCCAUCUCAUCCUGAACGGUAUGAUCAAAGUGAAGGGUCAGCUGGGUGAAAUGGCGAAAUGCCUGGAAGACCCAGAGCAAAGGAUCGCCGAUCUCGCGAGGCUCUUCUUCACAGAGUUGUCGACGAAAGACAACGCUAUCUAUAAUAACUUACCAGAUGGCACCCAUUUGUCGGUCGGUGAGCACGCCGUGGAUGAGGAAGUCUUCCAAAGCACGAUGAGAUACAUAUUCUCCUUCAUUGAGAAGGAAAAACAAGCCGAAAAUAUCGUCGAGAAACUGUGUCAGCGGUUCCGCUUGUCGGAAGAACCGCGACAAUGGCGAGAUAUCGCCUUCUGUCUCUCCCUGCUUCCCUUCAAGUCGGAGCGAUCUGUCAAGAAACUUAUUGAGGGCCUGCAGUUCUAUCGAGAUAAGCUCCACGAAGAGACUGUUUUCGCGUACUUCACAGAGAUCCUCACCAAGGCCCGCUCGAAUAAAUCGGCGAACAAGCCUGAUUCCGAACUGGAUGAGUUCGAGAGAAUACUUGAAGAGCACAAGCGGCAAGGAGAGGAAGAUCACCUCCUCGAGAAACGGGCCGAGAAGAAGAAGGCCGCAGCAAAGAAGCGUGCCACAAGGCGAACUGGUAGGAGGAAGGCACAAACUGAGGACCCUGAUUCGGAGUGA